AUGGAACAUCCUUUUGCAUUGUUUGUCAUCUUAAUCAUACUGAUGUGUACUCACAACAUAAUCAUAGCUGAUCUAACAAAAGCACCUGGACACUUGAAACCUUUUGGACAAGGAAGACCGAUGGUUGAAGUUGAAGAAACGGACAUUAUACCCGACCCCGAAACGUUUUGGAAAGCUUAUGUUUAUGCUCUUAAACCUCUUAAAAUGAAAGGUGCCGCAUCAAUAUCACCUGCAUUUACAAAAUGGACAGACGAAUACUUUUUGUCACUCGACAUGUCAAAUGAAGAUACAGUGACAGUCGAAACGGUAAAGAAGGAAAGUAGACAACAAAAAAUACGUCAAAUGGACUUUCAGCAGUUUGUGCAAGACUACAACAAAUCCGAGAUUUAUAUGGUUAACGCAGUACCAAGGACGAUAUGUCAUGAUGUAGUUUUACCCUGUCCAAUUCAGUGUCAAUAUCUGGCCAAAACAGGACUUGUUGAGGCGCUGAUGUGGUACAGUAGUGGAGGAACAAACUCUGUUGUACAUACUGACUCAGUAGACAACAUCAACUGUCUGUAUCGGGGCAAGAAGGAGUUCAUCUUGGUUGACCCUAGCAAGUAUGGAGACAAGGUGGACAUGGACCAUCCUGAAGGUUCCUAUUCUGCUGUGGAUGUAGACAGAGUCGACUACACAGUGUACCCAGGUCUGGCAGAAGUUGAUUUUAUACAUGUCAGUAUGGAGGCAGGCGAUUGUCUCUAUAUCCCAUACCGAUGGAUCCACCAAGUGCGUUCGUAUGGUAACAAUCUUGCUGUCAACAUCUGGUGGAAUCAUUACGUUGCAUCAGAGAUCAACCUUGACCUUUGUAAUGCCCAGUGUGACCAUGAGAUGACGUUGGAUCGUGUGGAGUUUAGGGGUUUUGGAGAAAUGACAAGUGUGGAUGGUAUAAGGGAUCAUUUUGAGUCCUUUUUAGGUGUAUCUAGUCGAGUUUCCUUUAAAAGAUUCCAAAGAGCUUUACUUGGGGAGGACAUUGACUUAUUGAAAGAGAGAAAUGCAGGGGACGAAUAUCUAUUGUACCUGAGACAGAUAUUCGCAUUACUAGAUGAAAACUCGGAUGACAUACUUACUAAACAAGAGCUUAAGGAUGCACCACCAGAGAACUGGACUCGGAUCCAAAAAGUGAUGAUGGAGAUGGAUAGUUAUUUGGACAGGACACUUGGUGUCCCUGAAGAUAGUCCACAUGAUGAAUUGUAAUGAGGACAUACACCAUAUCAACAACACCUCAGGCUAUAACAGUUGGACACCAUAUCAACAACACCUCAGGCUUUAACAGUUGGACACCAUAUCAACAACACCUCAGACUAUAACAGUUGGACACCAUAUCAACAACACCUCAGACUUUAACAGUUGGACACCAUAUCAACAACACCUCAGGCUAUAACAGUUGAACACCAUAUCAACAACACCUCAGGCUUUAACAGUUGGACACCAUA